ACCAGGUGAACAAAUGGGUACAUGUCUGAACUGUAUUUUGUAAACCCUGUUUUAUUUUGUUUCGCCAACUGGUUGCAAUUCUUGUUUUUGCCAGCAUGUGGUGCUGCUUUACAGAGAGGUCAAAAGAUUUCAGGAAGUAGAAAAAACCUCUUGUGUAUGUAUUGUGGCAUUCUGAGAAAAGCGGAAGAGAAAGACAUUUUUGUGUGCCGAGACCUGGUGAAAAGAUGACUACAUGGCCACCAAGCCGAGAAUCCAAGUGUUCGAAGUGCCACUGCCGUUUAAUGCACUCUUUGUAAUAGUUUAGCCUUGUAUGUGAAGCUACGUUGCUACAUGUGAGCCCGCCAUUUUCAAGAAGCUGAGGCUUUAUGUUGACAGAACACGGGUCAUUUACAUCUGUUUCUUUGCAACCCAGAAAGAGAGAAAAGUGUUCUUUUUUCAUAAAAAAACAAAACAAUAAAGGACCCAUUUUAUUUGAAGCUCCGUGUGCUGCAUUACUCCCGGCUUCAAAUAUUGGUACCAGGAGUGGGGUCUCGUUUUUAAAAAAAAAAAAAAAAUUAUUUCUCUCUGUUCGGGCACAUAUGGCGGUGCAGCGUUAGCUUUGUUAUACGGCAGUGGUGAAGAAGUGGCCUAAACCUGAGUGGACCUGGGUAUCGCAUCUGUGUGGCGGGAUCUGUUUCGAGAUCAGAGGAGGACGUUGCUGGACAGUCUGUGCUGGCGUGGUUGUGAGGGAUUUCAGCUGAGGUGACCGUCAGACCAGAACGCAUUCCAGGCGGGAGAGAGCAUCGCCCAGCAGCGGUCUUGGAGCAGCCCAGGAGCAUCCGGUGGACUCAGGACUUCGACCAAUUUAUCCUUUGCUAUUUACACUUCUAUUGACUGUUCAGUAAACUGAAAAAAAAAUAAAAUAAAAAAUCUGACCAUGUCUGAACAAGAUGAACACUUUGAGAUGGAUGAACAACAGUUAGUAGUGAAUAAUGAUGAGGAUAAUGAACAGGAUGGUGGACAGAACAAUGAACAAAAUGACACUGAACAAGCUGGGGUGUUACAACAAUUAAGUGAGUUAGCCAGAAGACAAGAAGAAGUCAUGACAGUCAUAUCAUCACUAAAUACUGAGCCUACCAGAUCUUAUGUCUAUGUACCCAGAGAAAGGCACAUUUCACCAUUUAGUGGAGACAUUGACAAAGAUGGGAGGAGUGUAGAUGAGUUUAUUGAAGAAGUAGAAAGGGUUAUUUCUGCUAGAAAUCAAUCUGCACCUGAACAAUUCGAUUUUGUGCUGUCACUGUUAAGAGGCUCAGCUCUGGAGGAAGUGCGUUUACGCAAAGCUGAUGGUGAUGUUGUAAAAGACCUGUUUGUCUACCUAAAAGAUGCGUUUGGAGAUAAACGUAGUGCCUCCCAACUUUUACAAAACUUCUACUACUGUAAACAGAAGGAGGGUGAAGACAUACGUGACUUUUCACAUUCAUUAUCUCAGGCUUUUAGUUUUGUACGGAAACAACAUCCUAAUUCCGUGGCUAAUGAGAACGCAGUGUUAAGAGACCAGUUCAUUGAGGGCAUCAGAGACCUCUCACUGAGACGAGAACUCCGAAAAUAUGUAAGAGGAAAACCUGCAUCUACUUUUGUAGAGGUGCGUGAGGAAGCUUACUUGUGGUCCUUAGACCAAGCCCCUAGCACAAAAAUGGUUAGAAGUAAAGUGAUGACCUGCAGUAAUGUUGCAGCAGAAGCACAGUGCUGUGCAGUUAAAGAGACAGGAAAUCCAAUGUAUCUGGAGGAUGUGAUGAAAACUCUUAAAGAGCAAGACAAAGUCACUAAUCUAACUAGACCUAAUGAGAAGUCAGUAUCAAUUGAUGACGUUCUUAAAGUGCUCACUGAGCAAGGGAAAGUGAUAACAGAACUCACUAAAGCUGUAAAAGAGUUGACAAUUCAGAGCAAAAACCCUAGUAGCCAGACACCAUAUCAGAUCAAAACUGUUCCAGGAUUUACCCCGGACGGUAAGCCGAUAUGCUUCAAGUGCCAAACUGCUGGUCAUGUUGCCAAACAGUGUCCUCAGAAAAGACACAAAAACUCUGAUGAGUCCCCUGUUUUCGGUCAGUCGGGAAACGAGAGACCCUGGUUGCAAUGA